AUGAAAGAAUACAGUCAAAAGGUUUCCAAAAGUGACUAUCCAAAGAGAAUAUUUUCGGGAAUUCAACCAACUGGAAACUUGCAUUUGGGAAAUUAUCUUGGAGCUAUACAAAAAUGGGUACAGUUACAAGAUAGCGGAGAAAAUGUUAUUUGGAGCAUUGCAGAUAUGCACUCUACUACUUUACCGCAUGAUCCAAAGGAUUUAAAUGAUAACAUAUUUAAAAUCACGGCAACAUUACUAGCAUGCGGUAUUGAUCCAAAUAAGAGCAUAUUAUUUCAACAAUCUACUGUGGAUACACACGCACAACUGUCCUGGAUUUUGGGGUGUCUAACAACUUUAGCAAGACUAGCUCGCUUACCUCAAUUCAAAGAGAAAAGUCAGACAUUAAAAAAUGUCCCUCUAAGUUUAUAUAUUUAUCCUGUUCUACAAAGUGCUGAUAUAUUGCUGUAUAAAGCAACACAUGUUCCAGUUGGACAAGAUCAAGUUCAGCACAUUCAAUUCGCACAAGAGUUAGCCAUUAAAUUCAAUAAAAGAUUUGGAAAUACUUUUCCUGUGCCUCAUUCUUUAGUUAAUGGUAAAAAUAAAAUGCAAGUCAACGUAUAA